GCUUGUGGGUUGUGGAAAAGUCUCACGAGCGUGUAAUGACCUACGUGCACAGGGUGUGACAAAGAAAAAUUGUUUUCAUUGUUUUGCGGAGAUUGUAAAAUGUUUUAAUUCUUACCAGGAAUUGUGUGAAUAUUCAAACAUGGUUCUUGAGUGUGAAAAGGAGUGGAUUCUUGAGGCUAUUAACCAUUUGAAACAUCGGAAAGCCCGUCCAGAUUUGCCUCAUAUCAGCUUACGCAUGAAGAGAAAACAUCAGAUGAGUUUUCCACAGACGAAGAAACUUCUGGAUUCACUUAUUGAAUGUGGAUUUGUUGUUCAAGCGGAAUACAAAAAUAAGAUAAGCUACCGUGAUGUCUCUAAGUGGAAAAAAGGGAGACUAGGUGGUCAAAUUAUGAAUUCCAGCAAAAUGCUGAAACGUUUUAUCAAAGCUAUACGAGAAAACGAGGCUUCAAAAGGCACGGGUGUUUCCGCUCAAACUAUUGAGGAGUAUUUGGGUAGUAAAGUUGAACAAAAAUGCUUCUUGUCGGGUUCUGCACUUCGAGAUGCAUUGGAUAAAGAAAUAGAAACUGGAUUCCUGUAUAAAAGAGCAGUGGGAGAUGUUACGGUUUACCGAAUCAACGAAGACCAUGUGAGUAAAAUGCUGCCUGCGCUAGAUCUAGACUCGGGUGACGCGCAAGAUAGCAAGGAUCAAGAAUGCGGUGUUGUGGCUCCGACUGAUGGAACGUGUAAUAAACCCAACUCUAGCAUGCAUUCUAAAAAAUUAACCCCAGAGUGUUUGUUUUCAGCGAUGAGGGGUCAUGUAGCUGAUGGACUUGAAGGUGCUAGCUUUGAUGAUAUAAAAACAGCUCUUUCAAAGCAAAGUAUUGUGGAAACCGAUACAAACGUCUCACUGUGCUUGCAAGACAGCAUCUCUAAAGGUGUUGUUGAAAGUCAAAUUGUUAUGGGCAAAACCUUUUACAUUCUGAAAGACAAUGGGGAGGCAAACCGCACCAACACAGGUAGUUCAUCAGAUGGUCUUCUUUCUUCUCAUACGGAGUACAAGAUGGAAUGUGAUCGAUCUGAUUUGGAGAAAAGACUCGAUGUUGUUACGAGUUCGUUAGUGCAGUUUCAAGCUUCAAUGUCGAGAUUGUCUCAAAAUCCCUCUUUUGCAGGCAGAAAUACUGUUGGUGAUAAGACAAAUGUUGUAUUACCCCUGAGACCACCAUCAAAACGAAAAAGGGUAAUGAAAAAUCACGGGCCUGAUUUUGAGAUAGAGAUGCCUACAAAAGUCAAGUCCAGGUUUACAGAAAACAAGGAGUCAGUUUUUCCUACUCCAGCAGACUCACCCUCUUCUGAAAAAUCUGAAGCUGCUGUGGAAAACAGUUUCAAAUUUGAAACCAAAAAGAAGAGAGGGCGACCAAAGAAAGGCUGUUCACCAACUCCAAAGACGGAAAGAGUUGAACAGGAUUCCGAAAUAUUUAAUGAUGAAAAUUCAAAGCAAGGAACCCAAUCUGAGCAGUCGUCACUGUAUAACGAGGAUGAAGAGGACUCGCGCAGUCUGCCUGCAUAUGCAUAUCCAGACAUUGCCAGUUGGACUCCACAGCAAGUUGCGGAGUACUUCGCCCAAAAAGGAUAUGAAGCCGAGGCUCAAAAGAUGUUGGAGAAUGAGUUGGACGGUGCUGCUCUGGCUCUCCUGAAGCGUUCCGAUAUUGUAGGACCGCCCCUUGGAGGCAUGCUUGGAAUUAAGACUCUAGGAGUUGCUCUCAAGCUCUUCCGGGAUAUACGAGACCUGCUCUAUCAAGGCAAUGCUGACAACUAUAUGGAUCCGUAUGAAGAAAAACCUUUCCACAGAUCUUGAUGAUUGCCAUAGCUAUAAUGAUAUAAUGGGUUGUACUAGAUUGUUUUUAUUAUCAUGAUCCAAGGUGAAAAGGUGAACUGAUUUUAAUGGGUGUGCAGGAUGAUCAAAAACACCCCCCCCAAAAAAAACACAACAAAAACGGAGGGUUUCUUACUUAAAAACCUGGAAACCGUGUAACUCCUGUCCUGUGGAGUGUUCUUAUCGAUCAGCAAUUCACUUACUCUGUGUGAUGAGCAUUUAUUUCGGAGCUCCGUGACAGCGAGCAACUUGUUCUCUGGAAGACAAUAAAAGUUAUACAUUUUUCA